UAACACUAGCUUAUGAUUCAAGCAUAGUUAUCAAUCGCUGUUAGUAGCUGGCUGCACUAUUGAGGUGUCCUGGCUCUUGAGCAUAACAGGAGCAGUAGAGGCGUGCUUCUCCAUUGUGGAAAAUUACGGCUGGUAUUGAUAAAUGGCCAUUUCAUGAUCACAACAGCUGCUCUCAGUCUUCAUGAGAAGCCACAAAAUGCCCCUCUUUUUUUAUCUUUUCAUCCCAUUUUCUUAUGUUUUUGGGUUCUUUCCGCCCAGUGCAUCUCUUCCUGCUGUCUCUGAAGUCUGUUUGCACUUCACACGCUGUCUCUCCAAUCUUCACUUGUUAAAAGCUAAUUCAACUUUUCCUGACAAGGCACCCUCUUCUGGCGCCUCUCCUCUUGACCAGCAAUCCUUAGAUCCACCUCAAUCAACAAGUGCUGGUAGAUUUGCAUCACUUCGACAGCUUUCCAAUAGUUUUGCUCAGUUCAAUAAUUUACACCUUUCACUUCGUUCAAAGAAGCCACUAACUAGAAAGGAUGCUGCAGCUAUAAAUGAAUGGAGAUUUGCCAAGAUAAAGGAAUACAAGGAGCGGAAUGUUGAAGUGGAAAAUGAAGCUUUUGACCGAUACAUGCAGAAUGUAGAUUUACUGGAGGAAGUAUUAGCUGUGAAGUCGUUGGAUGAGAAUGUGCCCUCUGCAUUGGAGUCUAAUCCUACUACAAUGGAGAGCAAUGAGGCAAUGAUCCCUGGGUUAAAAUUGCAGCUAAGAUCAAAUUCUAUGAGAAGUGAUGGUUUGAGAAUGAGAAUACAACAAAUUGUAGACGAGGGAUUAAAGAAGCUCGAGAAAAGUGCUGUAGAUGGUGACAUCAAUGAAUCAAUUGAUGAUGAAUCUAAUAAAGCUUCAGAAAGGGGAAAGGGGAUUGAAAGGUUAUAAGCUAUAAGUGAUCUUAUGGAUAAAAUUAAUAAAGCCCGAACUGAGGAGGAUUUGAAGCCGUGCUUAGAGAUGAAGACCCAACUCUUCAAUUUGGACGAAGGCGCUAGCGUUAAAGACCUUCAAGACAAUGAAAUGCGUGAGAAUGAAACUGUUGUAAUUGAUGUGGUACCAGCAGAAGGAUUGGAUUAUUCUUUACCGAAAUUUGUUACCACCACUGAGAUUGAUCUAGAAACUCUUAACACCAUAGACAAACACUUUUCUACCCAGGAUAUAGAGCAGUUAUGAGUCUAGAUUUCUUAAACAUUGUGAUUUACCUUGAAAGAAACAGAAAUCUAAAUGUUGUGCUGUUCUAGGAAAA